UAUGGUCACCCUAAGAGGAUGAAUGUGAGUGACAUGAAUGAUACCAAAGGUAAAUGUAAGUAUGUGUUGCUUGAUGAUGGAUUGGCUCCUAGUCAGACCCACCAUGACCUGGAUGAAAGGGGGUUAAAAAAGCUAAUAAAAAGAUUUAAGAGCCACACCCUGGAGCUUCUCCUCCAGACCAGUAGAAAGCGCUAACGCGUUUUAUUCACCAUAUUUACCUCAGGAGAAGCGGGGCUUUCUUCUCAAUGGUGCAAUCUGAUCACUAAGGAUGUCCCAUUCUGCUCAGCCUGCUAACAUGCCCACCGCUCCGGACUCUCCAUCUCUAGGUGUCACAGUCAGCGGCAAUGUGCAGAAGUACAGCGUGAAGAAGAAAAAGGUGCUCAAUGCUGAGGAGAUGGAGGUGUUUGAGCUUACUCAGGCUGCUGGUAUCGUCAUGGACCAAGAAGUCUUUAAGAUCAUUCUGGAUCUCCUGAAGAUGAACGUUGCACCCCUGGCUGUGUUCCAGACUCUAAAGGCCAUGUGCGCAGGCCAAAAGAUCGCGGACACAAUCGCCCCCGAACCAUCUUCUCUUUCAGAUAGCAGAGAAGAGGACUCUAAGGUCUCGGACAAGAGUGCUAAAAAACCGGCCCCUCAGGUCGCCCCUGCAGGCCCUGCUGCUCACCCCUCGAGGGGAGGGGCUAAGAUAGUGGUCUACGGUGCUGGGGAACAGAGCUCUUCUCUCUCUCAAGCACGCAGUAAAUCGGGUGCGGGUCACGGGGAGAAGCGCGAACAGCGGGUGCCAAGGCAGGCGAGUGCGACCAGGGGUCAGAAGAGUGCCAAGAGUUCAGGCAGCAGCAGCUCCUCAUCUCAGCUCACUUCCAACUAAAGCAUUAAAACUACAGCCAUAAAAACUGAUCCUAGGUCAGUCUGGACUUCUCAGUGGCUGUAAUGGAUGGAAAGACUGAUACUGAUCCAGAAUCAGUUCUGGUUUGACAAAAGACUCACUGUAUGUUCGGGAUCCAUUGGGUUUUUUUUUGUGCUUAUUUUAUCCUAGUUGUUAAUAAGAAAUUAGUGCAGUUUAUAAUGUGAUAUAGUCUACUAUUUUAAUAUUUUUAAAGUCUUUAAAAGUAUACCCCAGAAGCUGGGAUACGCGAUAAAGCAUUUAGUUGUGCAUGUGUAUAUGUAUAUAUGACAAAUAAAGGCAAUUUUUUUAGG